AGCACUAGACGCUAUCAGGACGCUUAUGUGUAUGAGCACGUGCACGCUGCUGGCUGUAGACUGACCACGCUGUGCCUACCUAUACCUGCACGAUUCUACUGAUUUGUGUGAACCCAAUCAUGCCAUGCAGCGUGAACGAGAUGCCCCACAACUUCCACGCUGAGGAGGGCUACGGCAAGAGCUCUCAAAGGGCCAGCCUGGAAGAGCUGAACCUCAUGGGCCUGCACUCUCGGCGCGAGUCCAAGGAGCACCGACGUAUGGCAUCCUCUCCUCCGGGCACAGAGAUGACCACCUUUGAGCCUAGAGAGGAAAAGGCGCACACGCAGGCUCUGGAGAUGGAAAUGCAGAUGGUGUCCAACGCGGCCAAGCUCAAGGACAACUUGCCAGAGCCCUCCUCUUCCUACAAGACUUUCGCCUCCUUCUCGGUCUCGGAACCUGAGGAAGUCGACAAAGCAAUACUUCUUCGGGAUUUUAAACAGCAAUCUCAAUUAUUGAUGCAGAGUCCUGAUACUUUUGAACUUGGUCUGCAGCAGGAAACAGCCUCUGUAACUUCUGUCUUAUGUGAAAAGCCACCCAUAAGCACACAAUCGCCAGCCAUCUUGAAAACACAGUCAAAACCAGCUACUAAGCUUCCUCCAAAUUACAAAAUGGAUGAGAAUGAGAACAUGCCUGGAAGCAAUUCGGAUUCUAGCAACGCUCGAAAGGUGAAGAAAUCGAAGAAGAAGCAGUAUAAUGUAGUCCCUAGCGAGAAAAUAGAGGGAUAUGUUGGCAACAAACUCCUGGCGUACAUCCUUGAAUACAUCGGGGAGAAGACCACCAACAAAAGCAGCAAAAUUGUGCUUGCCAAUGAUCUGAAGAACAAAGAACCGCGGGUUGGUGAUAUAAACGUAAGCAGACGCAACCAGCGCUACUCGGAAGAUGGCAAAAGGGAGCAGCAGAAACAGAGUGCCAAAGUGGGAAGAAAGGGUGCUGGCGAAGGAGGCCAGAAUAAAAUAAAGAGAGCGAAUAGUCUUGAAGAAGUGUCUAAGUCAAAGCUCGAAGACAUCACUAUCCCGCCAUAUUGCACGUCCUUAAGAGGAGAGGACAGAACUUCAAAGGAGGACGAGGAGGAGUACUACAGGUCGUUGGUUAAGCAUUAUGAUAACGCAAGUGUCAAGAGCGAAGACACUCAAGGCAACCUGAUUUACUCUGAUUCCAAUACUCUCUCCAAUGAGGACAGUUUGGGGUUUCAAAUCGUUAUCAACCGCAAGCAGAGACAGAGGAAACAGAAUGUGGAGAAGCACCACUUGCCACACCACCUUCACGCCAGAGGGCGGUGCAAGCUCAAGUUGACGAGUGAGCCGUUGUCGGGUCAGUCUGGUGUUGACAGCCGCGACGACUGUAACAGCGUGCAUUCGUUGCCAGGCAGCCAACACCUGCCGCUGUCCAUGUCAAGGUUGCUUAUCGGCAGCCGCGAGGCGCUAGAAGAGCAGCCGACCUUGGUGCCAUCGUCGCUGCCGCCUCUCAAGGUUCCUAACAGUGACGCCAAGCGGCCACCCAAAAUGGUCCCCGCCUCUGUAAAGGCCAAGUCGAUGACGCCGCUACAAAAUCAGCCACCUGUGAUGUUUGUUGAUAAAACUCUGUGCAGUUGUAGCGUGGAGGCACUGACGUUUGGUUUCAGCGUCAACGCGUCGCUGAUAGACUGCGCCCCUGUUCUCCCCUCGCCCCCUCCGCGAGCUACCGCCACCCCCGCGUGCGUAGAAGCUGCUGCCAGGGUUGUCUCUUCUCACCUGAGUGACAGAUUGUUGGAUGAGCAGAGUGUCAAGAGCGAAGACUCGCAAUUUCACUCUGAUUCCAAUCCUCUCCCUGAUGAGGACGAGUUUCGAACCGUUAUCAACCGCAAGAGACGGAUUAAACAGAAGGUGGUGAACGAGAAGCAUCACAACUCCCACGCCAGAGCUCGCUAAGGAAGAGCUGAACCUCAUCGGCUUGCACUCUCGACGCGAGUCCAAGGAGCACCAACGCACUGUGUCUGCCCUCCUGGCCAAAGAGAUGACUACCUUUGACCCCAGAGAGGAGGAGACGCAUCUGGAGAUGGAAAUUACACCAGUAGACCUUGUCGAGAGAAUCCUUGAAGUGACCAUCAUUCGAAGCCGACGUGUUGCUCUGAUUGAGUUCCUAUAUAGAGACUGAAUUAGCCAAGUUCCCUGAAAACAUCCAAGAGCUCCUCUUUCCUACAGGACCUCUACAUCCUCGGUCUCAUAACUUGAAGAAGUCAAUUAGCAAUAAUACUUCUUUGGUUCUUUCUCAUGGAUUUAUCUGAUAAUUUUUCGGAAACUACUGAUUAUUGAUAUUAAUAAAACUCAUGCAAAACCCAUAAAAAUAUA